UCAAGUCAAAUCCGGAAGUGGCUGUAGUCACGUGGUUGCAACCCAGGGUUCCCUCUUCCGUCGUGUGAUCCACUUGAUUUUCUCCCUCUUAUUUUGUAGCUGCACUGUAAGGUUAAUUAACGAUGAAUCGGCAAGCGCACGAAAGAGGAACCACAAAGGUUGUUCGAGUAGGACUAAAAACAGGAACCACAGAGGUUGUUCGAGUCGGACAACGCAAAGAGGAACUGUCUCACAGUUUUCUUGACAGAGUACCCCUCGACUUGAAAGAAGGCGCGGUACACAUUGCAGCUGCUGGGAGAAACGCAGCACGAGCCUCUGAGAAAUGGAAGUCUUCGUUCCAACCAGCAGACGGUAAAAAUCCUGAAGUUGAUUUCCAAGAAAAUAGCAGGGGUGAACUGUAUGACCCCUUUGACCAGAAGACAUAUGAAUCGGUCAAUGACAGCUUCCAACCUGAGCAGGCUAACAGCCUGGAGCAACACCAACGCUUGUCCCCGGGCAGGACCUGCCGUGACGCGCCCCCAUGGGAGUUAAGGCGGCCCCUUGACCUACACGGCGAGGGCAGUCCUGUUGACGGACUGCCCAAAUGGCGGCACUACUUCCCGGACAAAGAAUCACUGGAGCCACCAGCGUAUGGAUCCAUCAACAGAGCUGUCAGGCUUGGCGACAAUUCAUCGGGUCUAGAGUUGCCUGCACGCUAUGGAGGAGAGAGGACUCAUGGAGAUGAAAGGAUGACAUGGCCAGAGCAGAGAAGCACGAUAGUCUCACGUGUAAGACUGUCCUCACCCAAGUUGCAGCCAGACCAUCAAAAGGUGGCGCCUGUUGAAGAAGAAGAGGAAGACAGCGCACCUUCAAGUAGUAUGAAAAGGUCAAAGACCAAGUCCGUACAAAUGGAUCAGAUAACCAUCAACUGUGACCUUUGCGACAUUCAAGUGAGCAACGGGCAGGAGCUGGAGGAGCACUUGGAGAGCAAACUUCACUGGGACCUAAUGGCACACAUCCAGCUGCAUAAUCAUUAUGACGAUAUCAUUAUGGCCUUCCUGCAGGACAUCUUGCUGUACAAAAGCAUAAAGUGCAGCCCGCCCGUGGAUGACCGCGAUCUUCCAGCUCUGCAGGAGAAGGAGCACAUGACCAAGGUGGCGUUGUUCCACUGCGCCGCGUGUCAGCUGCUCCUACCCACGACGACGGAGGCGGUGCAGAAUCACAUGAGGUCUGCGGAACACCUGGCCAGGGCGAAGGAGUUUGGAGCGCAGCAGAAACAUGCGUCACUUGACAGGGCCGAGACCAUCAUGAAGGAGCUGCAGCCUCAGUUUGACGACUUCCUCAAGGGGUUUGGCAAGCUGGACUGAAGACCCCCAAACAUCUGCUGCUGUCUGCCACAAGUUUGCCGUGGACUUGACUAACUUUCACCAUCACACGCAUUUUGAAGCUUUUCAGGUAUUUUUUUAAACAAUUAAAGCAGAUUGUUCUUACUCAGAA